ACAUUUGUGACCGAAUAUUGAUGACUGAUGGACGGUUAGCGGCGGCACCGCGUGUUCUUACCUCCGCGAAGCCCCGAGUGUCAUCAACACAGGUUUUGUGUGUGAGAAGCAGAAUGUCCGACAGUGAGGACUCAGACCUGGAGGAAGGACCCAAUGUACUGAGACACAAAACCAAGAUUGUCUAUCAGCCUCAGUUCCCCUACAUCCACAUGGAGCCGCCGGACAUCGUAUACGAGCGCUGGUGCAGGAUUAAGCUGGAGCGGAAGCAGGACCUGGGUCACCUGAUGCACGUGUCUGUGUUCUGGUGGCACAUUCUGCUCCGCCAGCAGGACAACCAUCCCACCACCGCCUGGGCUGUGAAGAUGGGCUUCCUGGACUCUAACGUGUCGAACGAUUUGAGCUUGAAGAGGCUUGAGAAGCUGGAGAUUCUGGAGAGCAUUCUGGCGACGAUGGAGAGAGGCCUUUCUCUUAGAGACGUGGAGAACAAGGCCAGAGCCGUGGUGUCCUUGAGCCAGCGCUUCUUUCAGGAGGAUGACUGUCUGCAGGAGGCCAUCCGCUGGCUGCUGGACUGUGGAGACCCUGACCUGCGCAAGAAGCUGAUGGAUCUGGGCUCGGUGGAUAUUCGCUACCUAACACUGAGCUUCGUCUUCAUCGAGUACUCGCGCUAUCUUCAGGUGGUGUCCUGCAGCAAGAAGAAAGCCUUGAUCGAGAUGAAAUACGAGCCAGACUCUUGGAGUUUAUCGAAAAGUGAUGAAAUGAAGAACAAAGGAAACGAGCAUUUUCAGAAGAAGAAAUAUGACGUAGCCUUCAAGUGGUACUCUAAAGCCAUUAAAUACCACCCGAAUAACCACAUCCUGUACGGGAACCGAGCGCUGUGUUUAAUCCGCUCUGGAAAAUAUCUGAAAGCACUCGGAGAUGGAAAGAGAGCCAUUGUCUUACAGCCGGACUGGGCCAAGGGUCAUUAUCGGUUCUGUGAUGCGCUCUUCUACCUGGGCGAGCACCAGAGGGCUCUACUGGCCAACCAGCAGGCUCAGGAUGCCUGCAGAGCUGAUGUGGAGGGACAGAAAGACCUGCUGCAGCAGCACGAGCGCUUCCAGAGCGAACUGCAGGAGGCUAGAGCAGACAUGAAGACCAAGAAGCCGGACCUGAAGAAGGUUUCCUCUAAAGCGAGGUCACACACUGCCGGCGAGAGUUCAGCUGCACAUCUGAAGACCAGCGCUCCACCAGAGCCGCAGACUACGAAAUCUGAAAAGCAGAAACACCAAGACGACACCUCAGGGCCUUCAGGUGCUCGAGCACACACUGAAGGAAGAACAGACAGACUGCGAGACGUCAGCAGUGAAUCGAGUCCUCGCAAGCCUAAAAAAGCUUCAUCCAGCACUGCAGAGAAGCCGGCGGUGCGGAGCAAACUACCAGCGGCUGCAGACAGAGCCAGUGCGCCUGCGGUGAGAGUUUCUGAGGUGGUGAGCGCAGCAGCAGUGAGGGAGCGUUUCUGUGCUGCUGUACUGGAGGCUCAUGUGGCUCUGAGUGACCAGCGCUGCCACAACGCUCAGCAGUCUUUCAGUGUGGCGCUCGCGAUCCUGGAGUCCAGCAGCACCGCGGAGCUGGGCUUGACGGAGCUGGAUAAAUCUGUGCUCCUGUAUGGAUAUGCUACGGCUCUGCUUGAGAUCGGACAGCCUGAGGAGUUGGCUGAAGCAGAGAAGUUAUUCACCAAAUUAGAGUCGACAGAGAGGAAGUUUCAGUCUCUGGUGCAUUAUGGGAUGGGCAGAGUGUUUCUGAAGGAGAACAGGUUUGCUAAAGCGCGUGAGUGUUUCUCUAAUGCGCUGCUGAUGAUCCAGAGACACAUCACACCUGGCAAACUCACCUGGCCCACCACCAGAACUAUAGUGGAGGAGACCCAGCCGGCCUGGCUACAGAAGCACCUGGAGAGCCUGGUGGAGGUGUGCAGGUUUCCUCCUAAAGCAGACGCUGUGUGUCGCCAUCAGCAGUGUGUGUCGCACAGCAUCCAGAUCUACUUCAGUGACCCUGACUUUAAGGGGUUCAUCCAGCUGGUGUGUUGUCAGAGCUGCAGAAUGGAGUUUCAUAUGAGCUGCUGGAAGAAGCUCAAAACACUUUCAUUCACUGAUAAGAAUGACAAGGAUUUUCUAAAAGAUUCAUGUUUUACGCCAGACUGCGCUGGGCAGAUCUGUCACAUUCUAAUAUUUGGCUCGACGGGGCUGAUAAAGUGUGAGUUUAAAUCAUCUAUUCCUAAAGUCAGAGCUGCAGGACGCUCCAGACUCCGGCAGCAGUGUACAAGUAUUAAGAAGUUGAAGUCUAAAAAUGAUCGAAAGCUUCGGCGGAAGCAGCAGAGGUUGGCGGCGCGUUCAUCACAUCAGGAGAAAAGAGAAGUAAUGUGUGAGGAUGCAGCUAAAGAGCAGCUGGCGGACAGAGCAUCAUCCAGAGACUGUAUUUAUAUGGACCGUGUUUUACAACAAAUUCAUGAUAACAAAGCACUUUUUAAAGAAGAGCCAGUGAGUAUUUCUUGUUUUUGGGAGCAUCUGCGUCCGUGGCUGGAUUUGUUUGAGAGUAAAGGACAGGAGAGCGUGUUAAACAGCCGCAGAGAUGUGGGGGUGCUGUCGGAGUUGGUGGAUCUGCUGCUGGAGUCCAGAAACCGGGUCUGGGCUCGAGUGUUUAUCCAGACGCUGGGCUCCACGCUUCAUAUCAAACCCAGACUGCAGCACUGGGCUCAGCAGCUGGACGACACGGGUCUGAAGGCUGCCGAGUCCUUCAUUGGCCGCUAUCGAUCUCACCUGGAGGAUCUGGAGCUGAAGCCUCUGCUUUCCUUCUCGCCGCUGCAGGAGUCGCUCGUGGAGAAAUUCGGCAGCGUUACGGAGUUAUUUGACCGUGACGAUUUUACUGUAAUGGAGUACUUAAGACAAGCUCCCGCUAAAGAAAUGCGUCUGUUUAUUUGGACUCUAGAGUCGAGUCGAGAGCGAUAUCAGAGCUGUCACAACAUUCUCGAUCAAUAUUUUGAAGACGAUGCUGUUUGUUUAGUCAUUAAAAAGACAGAUGAUGAUGAGCACAUGAGUUCUGUAUUUAAGAGUAAAAACAGACAUCGCAAGAAGAAGCAUAAGGAAUUAAAGUCUGUUAUUGUGCUGUCUGGAAUGAGAGCGGGUCAUUCGAGAGAUGAGGAUGAUGAUGAUGAGCUGUUCUCUGAGGAAGACUCUCUACUGUUCCUGAAUGAUGUGGAUCCGUUCAGUGUUCCGGAUCACCUGCGCUAUCAGCUGGCGGAGUUUGAGGAGAACUAUAGCGGAUCCGCACAGCGCAGCUACUACGAGCGCAUACUGGACAAUCACCCUGACCCCACCAAAGAGACUUUAUACGAUUAUUUCGCUCAGGUUCUGGAGGAGCACGGGCCCCUGUGUGCCACGGACCCGCUGCUGGUGGGCGAGCUGCAGAACUUCCCCCUGGAGGCGCAGCAGCAGAUCGCAGAUGCCGGCGGGCUGCAGGCCUUCCUGCUGCAGUCUCUGCGCUUCACCAUGACGGAGCAGCUGAUCGGGCUGAUGAAGCACGCUGUGUGUCUGUCUGAGAGCAGCAACACACACUCACACCCACAGAUCCUCAACCCCUCCGCGUCUGAGUUCUGGCCGCUGUCUGAAGAGCCUCUGUCCAGCACAGGUGACCCGCUGCUGCUGCUGCCCGACCCGUACACUGAUGAGGAGGAUCAGCUUUCAGCAGCAGAGAUGACGGAGUCCGACACUGAAGAGACGCGAGCUGAUAAACACACUGCUGUGUGUGCACAGGAUUUUCAGGAUCAGACGGACGUGUCAGUCAACACACAGCCGUACGCCCCCUUGAGAACAACAACGGUGAGCUGCUGGGCAUGCAGAAGAGUCGGCCAUCUGCUGGAGGAGCUGCAGCGCAUCAGGGCUGAUGGAGAAGCGGAGCAGCAGAGGAGGCUGGAGGAGCUGACGGAGCUGCAGGAGGACACACACAACAUCAGCCAGAGGAUGCAGAUUGCCAGCACGGAGCUCAGCAUGUUCCAGCAGAAACUGGAGGAGGAGGUGAAGAAAGACCAGCAGGAGAAGAAGGAGAACCAGGAGACCCUGAGGAGCCUCAAGAUGGAGAUCAAGGAGCUGAUGGAGCUGCAGGAGAGCUUGAGCAGAGACAUCAGUGUGAGGAACAGACAGUAUGAAACAGAGCUGGAGCUCUUCCUGGACGUCAGUAACCAGUGUGCAGCCGAGCGUUUGAGUCUAGAGGAUGAGAUCAAGAGGUUCAGAGACGCGUGUGUGAAAGCAGAGCGGAGAUCAGCCAGUGCUCAGCUGUGUGUCCUUCAGAGCAGGCGUGAGCAUGUGCUGCGGCGUCUCCGGAUGAGUGUGUCUGAGGGGAAGAUGGUGGUCAAACACCUGUCCGACGCGGCCCUCAGUUCCCCCUCGGCUGCGCUGCUGUCCGCCAUCGAGGACUGGAAGAGAUACGCGAGCGAGGCGGAGGAGCGCAUACACACCACUGAGGUGGAGUGUGAGGCUCAGAUGCAGGCGGUGCAGCAGGGCUCCAGACUCUGCUCUCUGCCAGACAUCAGCGCCCCCAGUGUUCCCUCUGCACCCGCUCUACCGGCCCUGUCGACGCCAGUGUCCUGCGCAGCAGCAGAGAGAGCUCUAGAAGAGUUCUCCAGCUGCAGGCCUGCAGCGCCGCAGCACCUCAGUGUGUACGAGCGCAUUGUGGAGAGACUGCACAUCAUGUUCCCACAUUACGACAGGCUGGUGCUGAAUAAGUUCCUCCAGGAGGUGCGCUCCUCCUGCAGUGGUGGCGUCCUCAGCUCAUUGACUUAUAAUGAGGUGAUCAACCGCGUGGCUCAGCUGAUCCUGGACCAUCAGGAGAACAUCUGUGAGCAGAUGAACAUCACGGCUGGAGAUGCUGCAGAUCUCAGUAGUCCUCUGUCAGACUCCACACUCAGAGCUGCUGGAACUCCUCCUCUCACACACGUCUGGAAGAACGUACCGGAGAAACACCGCAACUCUGCACUGGUGCUCAACAUGGAGGACCCGUGCAUCAUCUGCCAUGACGACAUGAGUGUGGAGGAUCUGUGUGUGCUGGAGUGCCGCCACAGCUUCCACCGAGAGUGUAUAAAGUCGUGGCUGAAGGAGCAGAGCACGUGUCCCACCUGUCGAGAGCAUGCGCUGCUGCCGGAGGACUUUCCCCUGCUGCCCGGCAGACAACGCAGAGCACACACACACACCGCCAGCUGAACAACACACACGCAGCUUCAUAUACACACACACUCUCAUGUACACACACAACGCUGCUGAACACCACUGUAACAUACACACUCACUCAUAUAGACGCAUUCAAACACACAAACACCCACAACCAGACAAAAUCCAGUCUAACACACUCCUAUAUACACACAGAGCUGAUCACCACUGUAAUACACACGCGCACACACACUUCUCCAGCUGAACACCACUGUAAUACACACACACACAGCCCCAGAGUGUUUCAGUGGUCAGCUGUGUGGACCAAUCAGAUGAGUGCUCGGCGCUCCUGUACUGAAGCUGGUCCUCCUGAACUGAUUUUACUCCCGCUUUUACCUUCUGCUCACCUUUUACCUUCAUGUUUUACAGCAUUAAACUGUGUGACCAAA